CGUCGUUGGACGGUCGGCCCGACUCAGAUUAAUAUCUGUUAUCUCUCCCAACUUCGAUCUUUUCCCAUUUCUGUGAGAUAAAGUUCUGUGAUUUGGUAACCCAAUUCAAUUACCAAUUCAAUUCAAUUGAAUUGGGAUCUCAUUGGGAGGAUUCAAUUUUUUGAUUUUCGAUUACUGUGUAAUAUCAGAGAGCGAUGGAACUCUUCCACAACGCGAAGGCCGUCCGGCUACGGAGCCACCACGAGAAGUAUCUACUCGCGGAGGAAGACGAAGAAGGGGUUUGUCAAGAACGGAAUGGAUCUUCUAAAAGGGCUAGAUGGACGGUGGAGUUCAUCGAAAACGCCAAUGUUAUCCGUCUAAAGGGCUUCUACGGCAAAUACCUCACAGCCUCUAAUGUCCCCUUCCUACUUGGGAUGACGGGUCGCAAGGUUCUUCAGACUCUGCCCAGGAGGUUGGAUUCCUCUGUGGAAUGGGAACCCAUCAGGGAAGGAUUUCAGAUCAGACUCAAGACCCGUUACGGAAACUUUCUGAGAGCCAAUGGAGGUCUACCUCCUUGGCGUAACUCCAUUACUCACGAUGUCCCCCACAGAACCGCCACUCAGGAUUGGGUUCUCUGGGAUGUUGAUAUUGUUGAGAUUAAAGUCGAUUCCCCUCCUCGUCCGACCCCAGUUGUUACUCGACAAGAUUCUGAACCCACAUCUCCCAAAUUAUCAAAGCAAGAGUCGAUUGAUUCUUAUGUCUGUACGCCACCAAAGCCUGAUGGUCGGUCUAUCUAUUACAAUAUAGCUGAUGACAAAGGUGAUGUUCAAGAUGCCAUUGAGGGUCCUAAUUUCAUUUUUAAGGGGAGUAGUGUAGAUGAAUUGACACAGAAGUUGGAGGAAGAGACUGGGCUUGAAGGUAUCACUGUUUGUUCUCGCAAUAUCUUGAAUGGCAAACUUUACCCCCUUCGCUUGCAUCUCCCGCCCAAUAAUGUCACUAUGCAUGUGGUUGUCGUUCCUGCCUCAUCAAAGGCUGCAAGAGAUUUUGCGAAUCCGGCAUGAGCAGACCCUCAUUGUGAUUAUCUGUGUAUAAAACCGAAGCAUACAAGUUCGAUUAUUCAGCACUCAGCCAGCUUUUUUGCUUGCCAAAAAAGAGCAGAAUCAGUUAAUCAUUCAAAUUUUCCUGUCUCAGCUUAUUCAGUUGAUAGCUCGAGGCAGUGAAGGUCUCUUUUAGUGUAGCAGAGAAUUGUUACAGCAGUAUUCUCCUGCGUUGAUGUUUUCAAGUCAUUUGUACUGAAGGUGAGAUAUGUGAUUACUGGGACUUAUAUUUAUGUCCGAUGUAAAUUUAUUUGCUUUUUUAUGUUUUUAUGUUUUAUGGUAGAGUAAAGGCCAUUGGCACUAUAAUGUUAAUUUUGAUACUUAAAAGUUUGUAGCUUCUUAUUGCCCAGAUGCUUUAUGCCAAAUAGAAAUAUCUCUUUUCGUUA